AUGCUCGACGAAGAAUGCAAUGUUGGCGGGCCAAAGAAGGUUGGGAGACCGAGGAAGUUAGACUCAGCUCGCGCAGGCAAGGAGUCGACUGAGCAGCCCCGUGAGAAGCCAGUUCGCUCGCAGAAGAAACAGACGACUAUAAGGAGACCGCAGAGCGUCCCAAGCCCUGCGAGCGUGUCGCCAGAAUCGGAUAUCUUUCUAGAGAGCAUGAUGUUCUCACCAAUAACUAUGCCGACAACUAUACCAACAACCACCAUCUCUAUAGCGGCGCCGCCGGUUGAAACCACCACAAACGUUGUCUUUGCCCUCGAGUCGUCGUGGCCCACUCCUGCGACAGCUGAACUGCAAACUUCGUCACUCCCAGUCCCAGAGCGACUACCAUUAAAGAUCUCAAGUUGCUUUAAGCAUAGCUCCGCCUUUGCCGACUACGACUGGAACAUAGACGACAACGACGUUCUAAGGAUAAAGUCAAGUCAGCUCAGCCUCACUGACACAUGCUCCGACCCAGCUCGCCUGGUGAUACCGGAGCUGGGUUCCCCCAUGGGCAGUAUCGAGCUCUCUGACGCCUUAUCGAAGCUAUCGAAGCUGAACAACGACUUACACGUCCGUAUGGCAGCCAUUGAAACGCAUCGGUCCGUUACAACCCUGAGCAGCAUCCUCUUCCGCGAGGGGCCGCUAUUCAUCGAUAAUCUCACCCUCGGAGAGUUCACGUUGAGCUCGACUCAGGAUCUCUUCCAGGUACUAUCGCGGCUUCUCAAUAACCGAAACUGCCAUACACCACUCGAAAGUGCGCACAUGCUCGAUAUUAUAAACCUGUCAGGCCUGGACGGCCAGUCUUCGUCGCCGCAUUCUUACAGAGGCGGACACAAUGGACCAAGUCCAAACCUUGCACCCCCCUUCCCAUCCGCCUCUGAGCCGUUGCUGGCUCCUCUUGUAUUGACCAUCACAGCCGUCUUCACCCAGCUCAUAUCCCUCUAUGAGGUUCUCCUCAAGCACAUGAUCCUCUGGCUCGAGAACAUCCCCGCCGAACCCUUCGGACCCAUCUCGGAACUUCGAAUCGGCGACGUGUCGCCGCAGGAUCUCUGCGCGCGGGGAAUCCGCUUUUCCAACGCCUCGCUCAACUUCCUGGAGAGAAUCGAGCAGAUCCUCGGCCUUAACGGACUGCCUGAGUGGGGAGGACCGGGCUUGCUGUCCAUGCAGCAGAUUGAUCUGCUCUGGAGCGUGUUGGACGGUGGUGAGGGUAUUGCUCCGGGUCACGGCUUCAUGCGGCCGGCGUAUGUGAAGAGGUCACUCUGGAAGGCUUUGUCAGUCAUGAAUCGAGUCGUGCCUCCGUAA